UAUAAAUAGGAAUUUGUUCUUAACUGACUUGCCUAGUUAAAUAAAGGUUAAAUAAAAAAAUAAAAAAAGGUGCAUACUUUGAGAAUUGAGCAUGAUGAAUUUAAUUAUUGAAAAUAAAUAGUGAACAAUUAGUCCACGACUAUAACAAUAUGUUUAAAUGGUGAUUAUUGAUAAUUAUUGAUUAUUUAUGGCCGUUAUUUUUUUUAAUCCAGCUGUGAGGAGAGACGCGCGCCAUGCGUUCCAAACAGGUGUGUUGUUUUCCCGCCCUUUACUGUCGGGAUGAAAGGCCAACAGUUAAAACGCCCCGUAUCCAUUAGUAACCAGUGAAGCGUUACUCACGUUUGGCCGACAUUUUAAUUUAGCAGCCCCGUGUUUACCUUUCGCAGCUGAGCGCGUAUUGCGAGUCAAAGGGCCAUCUAUAGGUGUACUUUAUUAAAGUGUCGAUACUCUGUAAACUUCAAAGUGUGUCACGUUAAAAGGGCGUAACUUUGGAAAGGAGACUUACAUUUAGUUGAGGUUUAAGAUUCGCUCUUCAGUGGGUCAUUAUCUGUCUCUCUCACCCCAGCAAACUGACCCGUGUCAAGACCACACCGCGACAACUACGAUGCUGAUUUUACUCCAGCUGAUAAAUGUAUUAUUGUUGACCAGCAUUGGCUCCACUGAUGCUGAGAAACUCUUCCACAGUCGGGAUCAUUCCGAUCUACAGAUCCCUUCCUCUCACCAGGCUGAGCUCAUAACAGACAAGGAUAAUGCUGAGCUAUUUCUCUCAAGGUAUGGCUUCAUAAGACCAGUGAACUGGGAGGAGCUCCAGUUUGAAGAAUCAACAGGCAUUUCUAACGAUGAAGACUUUCCUGGGGAGGAAGACCUAUCUGGGAUACAGGAGGGAGACUCAUCGUUGUCAUGUGUAGACACUGAUGAUGAUGAUGAUGAAGACUCUCCAAAUCCCACUGAAAGCCAAGCCUUCAUCUCAGCUCUCAGAGAGUUCCAGAAGGUAUCCGGCCUGUCUGUCACAGGGCUGUUUGAUGACGCCACCAAGGCUGCCAUGAACAAGCCUAGGUGUGGGGUUCCGGAUAAGGAGACUGAUGAUGCUACUGAUGAAGUACACAACUCCACCAGCUCAGCACUUGGAAUCAACACCGCCACCUCGCUAACUAACAACACAGACACCUCAGAAGACUCUAACAGUACAUUCAGUGGUGUUUUAAAUGGCUCUGCUACUGAUUACAUAUUGGACAAUAACAUAUUCACUGGCAUUUCUAAUGGGACUGAUGGAAACUAUACAGAGAUUGCCAAUACAUUCAGUGACAUUUUUAAUAGCACUCUUAGUACCUACAAACAUGAUAUAUCUGCCAGUAGCACAACAGAAUAUUACGACCCAGUAGGUGAUACUCUCAAUGAUUCUGCUAUAAACGACACAGAGAAUAACAGCAACACACAGAGUCACACAGUGAACGACCCUACCAGUCCUACUGACAGACCUCAUCGGAGUCCUCUUCCUACCACUGCUACUGACAGACCUCAUCGGAGCCAUCCUCCUACCACUGCUACUGACAGACCUCAUCAGAGCCCUCCUCCUACCACUGCUACUGACAGACCUCAUCAGAGCCCUCCUCCUACCACUGGUACUGACAGACCUCAUCGGAGCCGUCUUCCUGCUACUGACAGACCUCAUCAGAGCCCUCCUCCUACCACUGCUACUGACAGACCUCAUUGGAGCCCUUCUCCUACCACUGCUACUGACAGACCUCAUCGGAGCUCUCUUCCUGCUACUGACAGACCUCAUCGGAGCCCUCCUCCUACCACUGGUACUGACAGACCUCAUCGGAGCCCACCUCCUAUCACUGCUACUGACAGACCUCAUCGGAGCCCUCUUCCUGCUACUGACAGACCUCAUCGGAGCCCUUCUCCAACCACUGGUACUGACAGACCUCAUCGGAGCCCUCCUCCUACCACUGCUACUGACAGACCUCAUCGGAGCCCUUCUCCUACCACUGCUACUGACAGACCUCAUCAGAGCCCUCUUCCUACCACUGCUACUGACAGACCUCAUCAGAGUCCUCUUCCCACCAUUGCUACUGACAGAUCUCAUCAGCGUCAGAGCCCUCCGCCUACCACUGCUACUGACAGACCUCAUCGGAGCCCUCUUCCUGCUACUGACAGACCUCAUCGGAGCCCACCUCCUAUCACUGCUACUGACAGACCUCAUCGGAGCCCUCUUCCUGCUACUGACAGACCUCAUCAGAGCCCUCUUCCUACCACUGCUACUGACAGACCUCAUCAGAGCACUCCUCCUACCACUGGUACUGACAGACCUCAUCGGAGCCCACCUCCUAUCACUGCUACAGACAGACCUCAUUGGAGCCCUCUUCCUGCUACUGACAGACCUCAUCAGAGCCCUUCUCCUACCACUGGUACUGACAGACCUCAUCGGAGCCCUCCUCCUACCACUGCUACUGAGAGACCUCAUCGGAGCCCUUCUCCUACCACUGCUACUGACAGACCUCAUCAGAGCCCUCUUCCUACCACUGCUACUGACAGACCUCAUCAGAGUCCUCUUCCUACCAUUGCUACUGACAGACCUCAUCAGCGUCAGAGCCCUCCUCCUACCACUGCUACUGACAGACCUCAUCGGAGCCCUCUUCCUGCUACUGACAGACCUCAUCGGAGCCCACCUCCUAUCACUGCUACUGACAGACCUCAUCGGAGCCCUCUUCCUGCUACUGACAGACCUCAUCAGAGCCCUGUUCCUACCACUGCUACUGACAGACCUCAUCAGAGCCCACUUCCUGCUACUGACAGACCUCAUCGGAGCCCACCUCCUAUCACUGCUACUGACAGACCUCAUCGGAGCCCUCUUCCUGCUACUGACAGACCUCAUCCAAGCCCUCUUCCUACCACUGCUACUGACAGACCUCAUCAGAGCCCUCCUCCUACCACUGGUACUGACAGACCUCAUCAUAGCCCUCCUCCUACCACUGGUACUGACAGACCUCAUCAGAGCUCUCCUCCUACCACUGGUACUGACAGACCUCAUCGGAGCCCUUCUCCUACCACUGCUACUGACAGACCUCUUCAGCAUCAGAGCCCUCCUCAUACCAUUGCUACUGACAGACCUCAUCAGAGCCCUCCUCUUACCACUGCUACGUUCAGACCUUUUCAGAGCCCUCCUACCACUGCUAUUGACAGACCUCAUCAGCAUCAGAGCCCUCCUACCACUGCUAAUGACAGACCUCAUCAGAGCCCUCCUCCUACCACUGCUACUGACAGACCUCAUCGGAGCCCUCCUAUCACUGCUACUGACAGACCUCAUCAGAGCCCGCUUCCUGCUACUGACAGACCUCGUCAGAGCCCUCCUCCUACCACUGCUACUGACAGACCUCAUCGGAGCCCUCCUCCUACCACUGCUACUGACAGACCUCGUCAGAGCCCUCUUCCUGCUACUGACAGACCUCGUCAGAGCCCUUCUCCUACCACUGCUAAUGACAGACCUCAUCGGAGCCCUCCUCCUACCACUGCUACUGACAGACCUCAUCGGAGCCCUCCUCCAACCAUUGCUACUGACAGACCUCAUCAGAGCCCUCUUCCUACCACUGCUACUGACAGACCUCAUCAGCAUCAGAGCCGCGUGGCCUCACUGCUGUCCAAGCGGAGGCAGAAGAGACAUGUGGGGAGACGUGCAUGGGGAAACAUGGCCUUCUCCAAAAUGGUGCUGAAGUGGAGGCUGAUAGGAGAGGGUUACAGCAGUCAGCUGACCAUACAGGACCAGAGACAUAUCAUCAGCCUGGCCUUCAGGAUGUGGAGCGAGGUGUCUCCUCUGGACUUUGUAGAGGACACAUUCUCUCCCCUGGAGUUUGUAGACAUCAAACUGGGUUUUGGCACAGGGAGACACUUGGGAUGCAACCAGAAGUUUGAUGGUACUGGACAAGAGUUUGCUCACGCCUGGUUCCUGGGAGACGUUCACUUUGAUGACGAUGAACAUUUUACUGCACCUAACACUGGCAGUGGUAUCAGCUUGCUCAAAGUGGCAGUGCAUGAGAUAGGCCAUGUCCUGGGCCUGCCUCACAUCUACAGGACUGGUUCCAUUAUGCAACCCAGUUACCUGCCCCAGGAAUCAGGCUUCGAGAUAAACUGGAUGGACAGGAAGGCCAUACAGCACCUCUAUGGGGGCUGUAAGGGCCAGUUCAACACAGUGUUUGACUGGAUCAGGAAGGAGCGAACCCAGUACGGUGAGGUGGUGAUCCGUUUCAACACCUACUUCAUGAGGGACGGUUGGUACUGGCUCUAUGAGAACAGGACCAACCGAACCCGCUAUGGUGACCCGGUGGCUCUUCAGGUGGGCUGGCACGGCAUACCCACCGACGGGGUAGACGCAUGUGUUCACGUGUGGAACAGGAACACUGAUGCUGUCUACUUCUUUAAAGGCACCCAGUACUGGAGGUAUGACGAUGACAAUGACCAGGUGUUGACAGUGGACCCUGAAGGACACCUCUACCCUAGACUCAUCUCUGAGGGGUUCCCAGGGGUGCCCAGUCCUAUAGACACAGCCUUCUAUGACAGGAGGGACUACCACAUCUACUUCUUCAAGGGCACUUAUGUGUAUGUGUUCGACGUGACAGCCAACAGCUUGGCCCCAGGCUUCCCAAGGAAGAUCACAGCUGUGUUCCCAGCAGUAACGUCUGGGGAUCACCCGGGCGGUAACAUAGACGCCGCCUACUUCUCCUAUACACACAACGCUGUCUUUCUGUUCAAGGAUACACAGUUCUGGAGGGUGGUGGGGAGAAGCAGAGACCGCUGGAGGAGACCGUCGCUGCCACGCAACGGCCUGCUGCCACGCAGGAAGGUGGAGGAACAGUGGUUUGACAUUUGUAACGUUCACUCCUCGGCUCUGAAAGUGGCUCGUCGCUGAGAGGGGGGGCUAUGAGGGAACUGUGGGAUUAGGGGAUCCUGGACCGAGAUCGGUCUGCACUCUUACCAACUCCAAACAUGACACUGAGUGAGGAGCACAGACUGGCCCUGUGGCUAUGACAACAGAGUACCCAAAGUGACCGCUGGUUGACUAGGAAUCUGACUUAUAUCCAUUAUAUUAUAAGAUGUAUUAGUCUACAACACAUUUCAUUCAUUAUGAUAACUAUUGUUAACUAUUAUCAACCUUAUACAUGUCAACAAUAUAUAUUUAGUUGUUUCAAAGACAUUGUUGUUAUUUUAAUAGUUUACACAUAGGUUGUUGAAGACAAUAAUGCCUUUUGGAAUGUUCUUUCUUAUUUUUUUCUAUGUUGUAAACGUUUUAUUUAUAUAAAAUCAGUUGUAUUAUAUGGACUGAAUUUAAUUGACAAAAACAAACUCUGAAAACGCAGUUUUUUAUUAGGCUGAGAUCAGAAACAUGUUCCCUAUUAAAGAUUUGUA